AGCGUGAAGUUCCAAUUGUGAACUGCGAGAGGCAGUAAUGUGCCACCAAGCAUGGGACACCGCGGAAAAUCGCGAGAAGAAGACGACGACCGGUUGCCAGAAGCGUCGCAUGUUUUCUGUUUCUGAGGAGAAUCAAAAUAAGUUACUCAGAAUGAACACUGAGCCUGUCGUCAUCGUAUCUGCUGCGCGGACUCCUAUAGGCUCCUUCAACGGUUGUCUAUCAGCAGUGCCUGUGCACGACCUCUGCUCAGUGGUGAUCAAAGAUGUUCUGAAGCGGGCUGGAGUCCGCCCAGACGAGGUGACAGAGGUGAUCAUGGGGCACGUUUUAACAGCAGGUCACGGGCAGAACCCAGCACGUCAGGCCAGCGUGCAAGCAGGUAUCCCUUAUGUUGUUCCGGCCUGGAGCUGCCAGAUGGUGUGUGGUUCUGGGCUAAAGUCUGUGUGCCUGGGAGCUCAGUCCAUCCAGGCUGGAGAGGCCACUGUAGUGGUGGCCGGGGGCAUGGAGAGUAUGAGCAGGACUCCUCACACAACACUAAUAAGGACUGGAGUGAGGAUGGGCGAUGCCACUCUGCAGGACUCCAUGGUGAACGACGGGUUAAUCGAUGCUUUCUAUGGUUACCACAUGGGCAUCACAGCGGAAAAUGUGUCAAAGAAGUGGGGGGUCAGCCGGGAGGAGCAGGACUUGUUCGCCGUCCGGUCCCAGAACAAUGCCGAAGCUGCACAGAAAGCAGGUUACUUUGACAAAGAGAUUGUUCCAGUGAUGGUCCCAUCCAGAACAGGUCCAAUAGAGGUGAAGGUGGAUGAAUUUCCUCGCCAUGGGAGCACCAUAGACACCUUGUCCAAGCUCAAACCCUGCUUCAUAAGGGAUGGCAGUGGUACAGUCACAGCCGGCAACGCUUCAGGUAUAAACGAUGGAGCAGCAGCAACUGUACUCAUGAGCCAGUCGGAGGCAGACAGGCGUGGUGUCAAACCAAUGGCCAGAAUAGUCUCGUGGGCUCAAGCUGGCCUCGACCCAUCCAUCAUGGGUACCGGGCCGAUACACGCCGUCAGGAAAGCGGUCGAGAAAGUGGGCUGGAAGUUGGACAAAGUGGACCUGUUUGAGGUCAACGAAGCCUUCGCUGCCCAGUCCAUUGUCUUCAUCAGAGAACUGGGCCUCGACAUACACAAGGUGAAUGUGAGCGGUGGCGCCAUUGCUUUGGGUCAUCCUUUAGGCAUGUCUGGUUGCCGAGUGCUGGUCACGCUGCUGCACGGUCUUCAGAGGACUGGAGGCUGCAGGGGUGUGGCCACUCUGUGCAUCGGAGGUGGAAUGGGCAUCGCCAUGUGCGUGGAGCGGGUUUAAGACGAAUGAAUAGUACCGCUUCUCUCACUGUUCUUAAUCACAAAGCUUUAAUGACAAGGGAGGGGUUUAACAGCGUUUACAAAAAAAAAAGGUACAUAAUGAGAUUCCAAAAGUUUGCUCAUUUCACUGUGACGUUCUAAGUCACCCUCCUAACCUCAGGUUUGUACGGUGUAGUGUGCUGCUCAAGUGUUUAGGGAUUCUUUCAUGAAAAUUUUCCUUGUAAGUUGGACAUUUAAACAUUGGCUUCUGUGGGAAUCCACAUGCUUUUGGAGAUUGCCUCAAGUGGCCACUGAAGGAACUGGAACUUGUCCUACUUCCGGGUGGCUUCAUUGACAGCCGCAGGUUGGAACUUGGUGAUUACCAGGCAGUAAAUGUUAAUGGUCUCAGAUAUAGCCCACCCGGAGAAAAAAAAAAAAAAGUUGUAGUUCAUUGACUUUUCCCCCCCUCUCUCUCUCCAAAUGCAAUCAGGUUCCCAUUUAAG